AUGACGGCCGUCACAACAUGGCGCGAGCAACUCCCCAAGUUGUUACUUCACUUGGCCUUGCCCCCUCGCAACGUCCUCAACUUUGACGAAACGGGUCUCUACAUCUCUACCCUCCCGAGGAGGACAUACGGCCGGUCGAAGGUCGUGGGGCGCAAGAUCCCGAAGGAACGCCUCACCGUGGGCUUCUUGUGCAAUGCGGAUGGGAGCACGUUUUGGCGUCCCCUCAUCAUUUCCAAGUCGAGGCGCCCCCAGGAUUUCCGCCCCGAUUUCGACCCCGAGCCCUACUGCUAUUGGCGGGCGAACAAACGCGGGUGGAUGAUUAAUCAGUUGUUCACCCAUUUCAUCGAGCAAUUGAAUGCGGCAAUGUACACGGAGAGCCGCGACAUUGUCGUGUUACUGGACAACGCGAGCAGCCACACGUUGCUCACUGAGACGGCCGAAACCGAGGAUAUGUUCGGCUUCCGCACGCGCAAGUUGAGCAACGUGCGUUUGGUGUAUCUUCCGCCCAACACAACUUGCUUCACGCAGCCCCUUGACCAGGGAAUCAUCAAGGCCGCGAAGACUAAGUACAAGAAACUUUGGCUAAUCGACCUUCACCGUCAGUGGGGGAACGACAACCGACGACCCUCACUCGCCCGGUACAAGCCUAACAUGCGAGAUGAGGUGGUGUGGGUUCAUGACUCGUGGAUGACGAUCGGGGCUCGCACGGUCCAGAGGCGUCUCAUCACGGAGCUGGCACUUGGCGACGGCGCCAUCCCCGUAAGGGAGUACGUCGACGGAGAUGACAACGUUCCGACGUGCGAUGAAGAAGGUGACGAUCCCCUCGCGUCAGAGCCGUCGGAUCCUCCCACAAGGGAGGCGUGGGAAUCGCCACUGCAAGUCGCGGCCGCGUUUGAUGGUGACCUGGGGAGUUGCGAGUCACGUCGCAUAGCUCGUGCGGCGUGUGACAUGAUGAUUGGCUACGCUAAGUCUAUCGGCGUCGCUCCAAGGGACCUCACCCUCCUCUUUGACAUCCGCAACCCCGUCGUCCGUGAUCGGCUCGUGCGGGCCAGCCCUAUUCUGAACCUCAACGAGCAGCCAAGUGCGAGCUCCUCCGCCCCGCGCCAUGGUCGGGUGCUCCCGCCGUCGAUCACGGGCAGGGACCGACUCAGUGAGCUGCUGCAUCAUAGCAUCCAUGCCGUGAUGGGGCCGUACGACGCAUCGGCUGAGUGGAUGAACUGCCUAUGA